GAAACCGAGCGGGUCUACAAAUUUCUCCAGCAAGUACCAAACUUUUGGGCCCUUGAUAUCCGUGGCGUUCGUGGACUCGGAUUUGCUUCACCUAUUCGAAUUCGGAGGCCUCCAGGAUUGGUGAUCUAUAUAAGUGUAGGCAGGAGGCUGCCUUUCCUCUCUGUGCUCCAUCCAAGUUACUGAAGAAAUUGGCCAGGCUUGUCCAAGCAUCGGGUCUCUGCAACUAACGGAGUUAUUGAAGAAAUUUGUCUGGUCUGUCCAAGCAUCAGGUCUUUGCAACUAAGGGAGUCAUUGAAGAAAUUUCUCUGGUCCGUCCAAGCAUCAGGUCUUUGCAACUUAGGGACUUAAUUACCCAGGAGCGUGCCUUGGCUCUGUUACUGAAGAGCUUUGUCUGUUUGGCCGAAGUUCCAAAUCUUGGCAGAGAGACCCUGAUCCCAUGGAGUUAUGUAGCGUUGCCUCGAUAAUGAGCUUAGGGAGUCUAGCUAUACAGCGCACAUAUUUGUGCUCCCUAGUCAUCAGAGCUUUGCCAAAACUGCUAGGCAGUUCACUGAAGAAAUUCUGCAACGAUGUUCAUCCAGCACUAACCGAGACUAUCGUGGGCACAUUGCCAGAACUACCUCAGGACGUCUUGAUGGAUAUCUUUGCCACCCUUGAAAUCCCUGACCUCAUACGUGCCGGCGUGGUCUACCCGUCUUGGCACUCUGCAUAUACCAGCCUACAAAACCUUGGGCUGUAUAAACUAUCUCAGACGCCAUGCCUCCUCUAUACUUCUGAAUCUGCUGGUGAUAGCUUUGCUUACCUCUACAGCCUCAGUGAAAAAAGAUCGUACAAGUUAACUCUUCCGGAUCCACCUCUCCGCACUAGGUGUUUGAUAGGGUCCUCUCAUGGCUGGCUGAUUACUGUUGAUGAAAAAUCUGAGAUGCAUCUUGUCAACCCGAUCACAUGUGAACAGAUUGCGCUACCUUCAGUGAUCACCAUCGAGCAGGUGAAGCCCAUCUUCGAUGAGUACGGUGAUCUACACAAGUAUGAAUUGUCGUGGCACACUGGAACGCGUGCUGCUUAUAACUCGCCAUCUAUUUAUGAUCUUCACAAGCUGCGGGAUGAACUCCACUAUAAGGCGUUUGUGUUCCCUGAUACAUCCACAGGAAGCUACAUGGUGGUUCUCAUCCACAAUCCAAAGCAGCAGCUUUCUUUCGCAAGAGUAGGGGGUGAUAAGUGGACCUGGCUUCCACCCCAUGAUGCCUAUGAGGACUGCACUUACAAGGAUGGCCUGUUGUAUGCAGUGACUGGAUUUGGAGAAGUUCAUGUUAUUGAUUUUAGUAGUGGACCUGCUGUUACAGUGGAGAUGAUCAUGCAAAUGCGCAAUGUGUAUGGCUGUGGGUACAUGUACAUUGUUCAAGCUCCAUGGGGCGAUCUGCUGCUGAUUUGGAGAAUCUGUGAGGAUCAUGAUGUAGAACCUGAACCAGGGGCAUCUGUGUUUUGGAACACUACGGAAUAUGAAAUAUAUAAAUUUGACCUUAAAAGAAGUAAGCUUAAGAAAAUCAAUUGCUUGCAUGACCAUGUGUUGUUUCUUGGACAUAAUCAGUCACUUUGUCUCAGUGCUAGAGAAUAUCCGUCUCUCAAGGCAAAUCAUGUCUACUUUACUGAUGAUAAUGUGUUAUGGACAUUGAGAUUGAAGAAUAAUCAUCGUGAUAUGGGAAUUCUCAACUUGGAUGAUAACAACAAGGAAGAAGUUGUGUCUCAUCAGCUUUUCUCCAACUUCCCGGCUCCUAUUUGGGUUACACCUGAUCUUAGAAAGAUGGACGUGGCUUCACGAGUGGAUUGA